UACAAUGCUAAUGAAACUUGCAUUGCCGGUGGUGAUUGUGGCAGCUGUGUCACCAUUAGCAACAGCUCAAGCCAAACCUGGCUGCAAGAGCCACUGCGGCAACAUUAGCAUCCCAUACCCCUUCGGCACAACCCAGGGUUGUUACAUGGAUGAACAAUUUCUCAUCACUUGUAACAACGCAACAAACCCUCCAAAACCAUUCUUAAACUUGAGCAAUAUCCCAGUCCUCGACAUUUCCCUCGAUGGCUAUUUGCGCAUCCUUGACUCAGUAUCCUACAAUUGCUACGAAGAUAGCCCAUCGAGCAGACCCCUUUUUGAAUCUCCAUACUUCCGCAGGCAGUUGGAAUUUCCCAUAUCUAAUACUAAAAACAUUUUCACCCUUGUCGGUUGUAACACUGACGCAGAGAUUAUAGGUUUACCGAACAAAGAUCGGCUGACAGGAUGCGUCAGUGUGUGUCUCAAUAAUUCCACAAACCUCAUGAAGAAUGGGGAAUGCUCCCACACAGGCUGUUGCCAGAGCCCCCUUCCAAGAGGAAUGCGUGAUUAUUACAUAAGCAUAGCUUUGUUUAAAGACAGCAAGAUUCCUAAACUCUACCCUUGUAAUUAUGCUUUUAUUGCGGAGGAUGGGGUUUACAAUUUCUCCUCUUCAGAUCUUGAUAAAAAUUUGCGGAAUAUUACAGACCUCCCGAUGGUGCUUGAUUGGUCGAUCGGAAAUCAGACUUGCGAACAGGCCAAGAAGGAUCCUAAAACUUUUGCAUGCAAGGAGUUUAGCUAUUGUAUUGACUCGAAAAAUGGUUCAGGGUAUCGAUGCAAUUGUUCAGCAGGCUUUCAGGGAAACCCUUAUAUCCCUAACGGUUGCCAAGAUAUCGACGAGUGUGAAACUUUAAAACCUUGCAAUGGGACAUGCCACAAUGUUCCUGGCAGUUACGACUGCUCUUGUCCAGCAGGUUUUGAAGGCGACGGCAGGAAAGACGGAGCAGGCUGCAUUCUUCAACAAGUCAUGGCCACCCAUCAAUCCAAGAGGCUUCCUCAUAUCAUCACUGCACUAGGAAUCAGCAUAAGCCUUUUAGCUCUACUGCUGGGCAUUUCAUGGAUUUAUUUGGGACGAAAGCAGAGAAAGUUCAGACAGCUCAAAGAAAAGUAUUUUUUACAAAAUGGGGGCAAUUUGCUAGAGCGAGAGCUUUCGAAACAUAAUGCGUCCAUUGAAACAGCUAAAAUAUUCACGGCAGAAGACCUGAAGAAGGCAACAAACAAUUAUGAUGAAAGCAGAAUUCUAGGCGAAGGAGGCCAAGGUAGAGUUUACAAAGGUAUUUUGCCUGACAAUCAAGUUAUUGCCAUCAAGAAGGCUAAAACAGUCGAUCAGAGCCAAGUUGAGAAGUUCAUUAAUGAAGUGAUAAUACUCUCCCAAAUUAACCAUAAAAAUGUGGUAAAACUCUUGGGAUGUUGUUUAGAAACUGAAGCUCCCUUGUUGGUCUAUGAAUUUGUGACUAACGGUACCCUUUUCGACCACCUGCACAGAGCUGGCCGUGCAACCUUAAUUCCAUGGGAAACUCGUCUGAAAAUAGCCACAGAAACCGCUGGAGCCCUUUCAUACUUGCACUCUGCUGCUUCUACUCCAAUCAUUCAUAGAGACAUCAAGCUUGCCAACAUACUCUUAGAUGAUAAUUACACAGCUAAAGUAUCUGAUUUUGGAGCUUCAAGGUUGAUCCCUUCGGACCAGACUCAAUUUACCACGCUAUUGCAAGGAACUCUGGGGUACUUGGAUCCUGAAUACCUGCAUACACACCAGUUGACUGUAAAGAGCGAUGUUUAUAGUUUUGGGGUUGUUCUUAUAGAGCUGGUGACAGGAAAGAAAGCAGUUUCUUUUGACAGGCCUGAAGAAGAAAGAAAUUUGGCAUUGUAUUUUGUUUCUUUAGUGGACAGAAACAGCUUGGUGGCCAUUUUUGAUCAACGAGUACUGAGUGAAACUAAUAUUGAGGAAAUGAUGGCUGUGGCCAUGCUAGGGAUGAGAUGUGUGAGAGUGAAGGGCGAUGAAAGGCCAACGAUGAAGGAAGUUGCAAUGGAAUUAGAGGCACUGAGGGCAAUGAGAUUGCAGCCCUGUGGGGAAGGUGAUUCGCCUGCAGAAGAUCAGGACGAAUACAUUCUCACGAAACUAUGCAAAUUCUAUUAUGAAGGAAUGGCGGUGAAUAAUACCGUGGAAAGUCAAGUUACUUUUGAAAUUGAAGGUGGGAGAUGAUUCUUUUAUGCGACAUUUUCAUCUUUGUCUUCAUAUUCCAACUAUGCAAUCUAAUCGAACCUUUUAGAAUAAUUAUUACUAAUUUCAUUUUUAAUAUCAUAA